CAACCGCAGACGACGAUGGAUGAGGAGCAAGAUGCGGCAGUGACCGCCGCGCGGGAAGAGGCCAUGGAGGCCCUGGCGCAACCAGACGCCAUUUUGGAAGCAUCUGUCUUUGACGCCAUUCAAAAGUUCAUCAAGAGCCAGGGCAACCCCGGAAAGCUGGUCGUGCAACUUGCCGACAGCUACCAUGGCUUCCCGCAAAUGGCCGAGCUGCUGCGUGUCUGGCUCGAAACCUCAGGCAUGCCGGAGGAGGAGAUCAACGAGCUCAUCAAGUCGCACGCCAUCGCCUGGAUCAAGCAGCGCUUCGACGCCCGCGUCGUCGAUGACAUGAUCACAAAGCGAAGACAGGUGUCACGAAGCCUGUCAUGGUUGAAAUCACUCAUGGAUGGCCUGAGCGACAACGCGGACUGGCGGGCGCUCAUCUUCUCGCUCUCGGAAUCCGUGGACACAGAGACGUUCUUCCUCGACCUUGCCGUCAAGACCAUGGUCGAGAAAGGGCACUUUGAGGAGGCGACGAAGCACAAGAGCAUUGCGCGACAGCAGGAAAUCUUUGCACUCGUCCUCGCUCGAUGCGUCAGCGCAGCAAUCAAAGCGACGACGGCCUCUGACCGCGUGCACUUUACGGAGCUGGUGUGCACGGUGGGGUGCAUCUCCAAGGUCGUGUACAUGUUCACCCAGGCGCUGCUGCAUCGGUUGCAACAGGAACUCACGUCCUCUCCGCCGGCCGCUGUUGUUGUCCGCAACAUUGCAGACGCCCUCGAGGAGCACGUCACAAAGCAGGGCCACUCUGUGCGCGACGUGUCGUUCCUGCUGAAUGCAACGACGACGGGACACGAGGUGACGCGAAUUGCCCGCAUGAUGCACACGCAGCAGAUGACCAUGGCCGACGUCGACACCCUCCACCGCCUCUACACCAGUGAUGACACGCCGCCGGUCUCGUACUUGCAAAACCGCGGCAUGCUCGAGAUGCUCACGCGGGAAGUGUUUGUUGGUUCGACCAACAACGAGAAACACACGCUGCAGUGCAGAUACCUCCUGGCGUUUGCAACCUGCGUCCUGCCCGAUCAGGAAAUCACGCAAGAAACGCACGACAAGAUCUCGCAAACGCUUGAAACGCUUGAGAGCGUGUUCUCGCUGCUGCAGCCAAUCACCAAACACUCGUGGAUCAACCUCUCAAAACACAUCCACCUGCCAGUGGUUGCGCGCGGGCUGGUGCUUUUUAUUGAGCGACAGCUGUGCGACUCGUCGUGCUUCCUCAACUUUGUGCCCUCGUCCCCGCCACUCUGCCUCAUGCUCCUGGAACAGAUCACAACACGGCACCCUGGUCUCCGCCCGCAGGUGUUGGCUGUCCUCACACGCGCGCUCGAAUACAAAUACGCCAUUGACGCAAUCACACUCUCGCGUGUGCAGCGGCUGCUGAUGAGUCGGCUGCUGCAUCUUGCGUCGCUCGGCUUCGCCAUCCCCGUGCUCACGUACAUUGCGCAGAAGCAAGCCGACCUCGACACCUCGCUCGUCGUCUUCUUCGUCAUUGAGAUUGUGGACCACAUGCAAUCGCCGUUCUCUCCCGAGUUUGUGCAUCACUUUGUGGCCAUCGUUGGACAGGAGAGGACUGUUGUUGGCAUCAAGACAAAGGGCGACCGUGUGAACGCAUGUCGGUCCUUCUUCUCGAGUCUUCUGCACACACGCGGCGUUUCAGCGCAGGACAAGGAAACUCUACGAACCAUCAUCGCAAAACUCUAAACGAAACCCUUCCAAACCUCCACUCUCCUUUCGUUUGUUUUUUCGUUUGCUUGUGUGUGUGUGUGUGUGUGCAUGGAUAAUGGCAUGCUAUUUUGUUGGUGGAUUGCGUUUAUGUGCUGUGUUGUAACGAAACGACAGAGGCUGUACCUCCACAGUGAACAAGCGAUCACCACGUGA